GAAAAACGACUGUGUGUCUAUUUCAUUUACAUUGCCGAAGGUUGGAGAAGGAGGCAGGAGGCGGGAGGCGGAGGGCUUGACUGAAAUUUUCAAUUUCCCGGAAUGAGAUAGACCCAGAACCAUAUUAACCGAUUCCCAAUGGCUGGGGGUUCAGAAAGAGAAGACAAGGUCUCUAUGGAGCUGACAGAGGAAAUUCUUCAAAGCAUGGAAGUUGGGUUAGCUUUUAGAGACUAUAGUGGUAGAAUUAGUUCAUUGGAUUUUCACAAGGCGACUAGUUAUGUAGUGACUGCUAGUGAUGAUGAGUCGAUUCGUUUAUAUGAUGUCUCCACUGCAACAUGCUUGAAGACCAUCAACAGCAAAAAGUAUGGAGUUGAUUUGGUUUGCUUUACUUCUCAUCCUACCACAGUUAUAUACUCUUCCAAAAAUGGCUGGGAUGAAUCCUUGAGGCUUCUCUCAUUGCAUGACAACAAGUACUUGCGCUAUUUCAAAGGCCACCAUGACAGGGUAGUCUCACUUAGCUUGUGUUCUCGCAAAGACUGCUUCAUCUCCGGUUCUCUUGAUAGAACUGUUCUGCUUUGGGAUCAACGGGCUGAGAAGUGUCAGGGUCUCUUACGCGUACAAGGAAGGCCUGCCACAACUUAUGAUGAUCAAGGGCUAGUUUUUGCAGUUGCCUUUGGUGGAUUCAUAAGAAUGUUUGAUGCCCGCAAGUAUGAAAAGGGUCCUUUUGAUAUCUUCUCUGUUGGGGGAGAUAUGUCUGAUGCAAAUGUUGUAAAAUUCAGUAAUGAUGGGAGACUUGUGCUUUUAACAACCACAGAUGGACAUAUUCAUGUUCUUGAUUCGUUCCGUGGCACACUUUUAUCCACGUAUAAUGUAAAGCCAGUCUCCAGCAGUUCAACAUUAGAGGCUUCUUUCAGCCCAGAGGGGAUGUUUGUCAUAUCAGGUUCAGGUGAUGGUAGUGUCUAUGCAUGGAGUGUUCGGAGUGGGAAAGAAGUCACAAGUUGGAUGAGCACUGAAAAUGAACCUCCUGUUGUCAAAUGGGCUCCGGGAAACCUCAUGUUUGCCACGGGAUCUUCUGAGCUAUCAUUUUGGAUUCCAGAUUUGUCCAAAUUGGGAGCUUAUGUCGGAAGAAAGUAGAAAUUUUCGGUCAUCUCCCCCCUAAUUUCUAGCGCCUAGCAGUUCAAAAGUGCCAUUUAGUUGUCCAUUUGUAAGUGAAACUUGAAGUUACAGCCAGAGCCAGAGUUCCCUAGCUAUUGUCAUGAUUCAGCCUUGCUGCUGGGACCCCAUUGAACAGAAAAAGACAAUUGUACUGACGUAUGAGUCAUAUUAUGACCCAAAAAACACAAUCGUAUGAGUCAUUUUUUUAAAUCCAAAAUAUAGAUUCUUAAAGGAUUUAUAGAUGCUCUGCAAGUAAGUUCCAGGUCGUAUGGCCUGCUCUUUGUAUAGUCAGUGUCAGGCAUCUAAAUGUAAAUUUUUUUACAGAAUUUAUCACUU